AUGGCUUUCAAAGUGAUUAUCAUUGGGGGGGGCCCUGUUGGGCUUUUCCUAGCUAAUGGUCUGCAAGCCUCUGGGAUCGAUUAUUUGCUUUUUGAAAAGCGACCUACUAUUCCCCCAACCACUGCCUUUGGUAUUUUUCUGUGGCCCCAAGUCACUAGGAUGAUGCAUCAAUUAGGUCUUCUCGACAGACUGAGAGAAGUUUCUCAUCCAAUGACGGGCAUAAUUCACAGUGCACCUUCAGGAGAGCAACUUAGUGCAGAUACGAUCUUUUCUAAGACUCAUCAGAUCCAUGGAUACCCUGUCGUUGUUACGGAUCGCGGCAGCCUUGCCAAUACACUUCUUAGCGGUCUUAAUGACCCCGAUAACCAUGUUUUCACCGGGAAACAGCUUAAAAACAUUAUCCCUCAAGAAGAUAGCGUAACAGCGGAAUUUUCAGACGGCACCAGUUAUAAUGGAUCCAUUGUUAUUGGUGCAGAUGGAAUUUGGAGCACAGUUCGUGACCAGAUUCGCCAACAUGCGCCUAGCGGCCUGUUUUUGAAAAACCCUUAUGAAGCUUCAUAUAAAGGAAUUUUCGGAAGAGGGCCGUUAGUAGACGGUAUAACAUCAGGACAGGGUAUUGAAGUGCACGGCGAUGGGUGGUUAAUUCAAGCGUUUCCCUCUCAAAAGGAAACUCACAUGUUUAUUUACAAACGCAUUCCGCCAACCACUACAAAAAUCCCCUUUUCAUCAGUUGUCACAGAGAGCGAUAUUGCAGAGUUUUAUGAUGCUAAACUAACACCUCAGGUUUCAUUUAAAGAGAUCUGGGACAAGCGCUACGCCCAGGGCACUGCAAACUACGAAGAAGGAAUUGCACAGCUCUGGCAUCAUGAAAGAAUUGCUCUGGUUGGAGACGCUGUGCAUAAGAUCUCACCGAAACAGGGCGUAGCUGCAAAUGUUGGCAUGGAAGCGGCUGCAACUCUCACAAAUAAACUUGCAUCCCUCCUGCAGAACAACCCAAAUCCCACUACGCAAGAGGUCAACAAGGCGUUUAGUACGUAUCAGAGCGAAUUGGAAGGUAAAGUAGGAGUUUGGCAACGGUUAUCCCGCUUUAAUCUUGAAUCAGCCGUGGAUAGUAGCGGGCCGUUACUUGACGCUAUAAGUGCGAAUGCUGCUGCUCGCGUACCAACUAUGGUUUCUAAGUCUUUUAAAUUCGAGUAUGUCCCUUUUGAGCACCAGUACGGAAAUGAACUGCCGUGGGUAUAUUAGGAAAGAUGAAGUGAGCAAGCGGAUAUAGAGGCGUUCGGUUCUCAUUUCGGUAGAGAUCUUGGCGAAAAGCACAACAGGAAAUUAAAAAGACUGGAACUAUUUAUGUUCUUU